UCAGGACAGCUAGGAGGGGGUGUCCCUCACUGUCUCUCACCCACCUCACACAGUCGUGUGCCCCUGCCCCACAGCCCCACACGUCCAGCCAUACCCCCUCAGCUGCCACUGCCACCAGGCUGGUGCUAAGCUGGGGGUCAGUGACUCAUCUAAUCCCUUAGGCAGGUGCCCUUCACCCCCAACCCCACCCUGUCACCCCCUCAGCAGGAAAGGCCUGAGGCUCGAGGCCCCAGAGGAGCCUUGGACCUGUUGGGUAUCUUGAGGUGUGGGAUUAACGCACUGAGAUUGGGCAGAGACAAGGAUUUCAGGGGACAAAAAGAAACAUUUGUUUGAAACAUGCCAGAGUGUCUCUGUCCCACAUCAGGACAGACUGACGGAGUGGGCUGGGGACAGGCUACCCCAUAUCCCUUCUGGCCCCCUGCCCUCUGACCUGGGCCUCCAGAUCACAGCCUUGUCCACUCGCCAGAGCCUUGGCACCACGGCCACACCAUGCCCAGCCAGUGCCCUGCCCAACCCUGCUCCCUUCCGGAUUCCCACCCAGGCAGCCAUUCUCAGGUACACAAUGUGCAGGACUCACUGUGACCUGCCCACCAGGCCCCCUGAGGCAGGCCCUGCAGAGGCACCAAGCAUUUUGAGGCUCAGAGGUAAGGGUGAGAUUCUGGGUGGCCUUCCCGGAGAAGGGAUUUUAGGGCUGUGCCUGAGCUCAAGGUAGGGCGGAUCCAAUAUUCCAGAGGGGCUGCAGAAGGCUGAAGAGGUAGGAUGGGUGAGCAGCAGAACCCCUAGCCCAGAGGCCUGUCAGAACUACCCUCAGCUGCCAGGCAUCCGGCCCCACCCGGGAGGAAAGUCAAGGGAUGGCUGGGGUUGGGUGGAGGGAGCCAGGCCAGAGUGCUACAGGGUGCAACUUGAUCAGAAGCCUGUCACAGUGGGUGCAGUCCCAAGCCAGCUGCCCCAGGGCACCUCAGGGACAUAAAGCCUACAGAGGAGCCACCUCAGCUCUGCCCUGCUCCCGUGUCCCGAGGAGACGCUACCUUGCUGUACGAUGCUUUGGGAUCUGCUGAUCAGUUCCCUCCUUGCCCUGCUCUGGGCGUCCCCAGGCCAGGCCCAGGUCCCCAUCCAGGCCAACUUUGAUGCCAGCCAGGUGCGCCCAGCCCUGUUUCCUCCUCCUCUCCAAUGAGUCCUCCCGGCUUUGGUGCUGCACCCUGGGUCCCUGUCCACACCCUCUUUGAUGCAGGCUCAGCAGGGCUAGGGGCAGGGGAAACCCCCACCACACCUGCUCUGUCUGACUGGAGUAGGGGUUGGCUGAGGAAGACUGCAGCCUCCAUCCUACCUUUUCAAUUGCAUCACUCCCCAGGGCCCAAAAUUGGGACAAGUUGCAGUUGCCUGUGCCUCACUGUCCCCCACCCACCCCACAUAGACCUGUGACCUUGCCACAGCCCCACCCAUCCAGCUGUACCCCCUGGGUGCCAGCUGCAGACAGGCCGGUGCUGGGCUGGUGGGGGCCAGUUGCUCGUGUACUGAGGCCCCCCUGCCUCAGUUCUGCAUCGGGGUGGAGGUAUGUACAGCAACCCUUGCCUGGCCAGGAAGCAGCUGUGUCGGGGCAGAAUGUGGUGGGCUCAGGUCCAGGGCACAGGGGCGGCCUCCUAGCCUUCCCUGCACUUGCCCUGCAGUUCCAGGGCACCUGGUACAUGGUCGGGGUGGUGUCAGAUGACCAGGACUUCCUGGACUCCAAGGACACCAUGAAGGUGCCUGUGGUCUUAGUGAGCCCCUUGGGGAACAGUGACUUGGCCCUUAAGUUUGGAUACCCCACGUAAGUGACCACACGAGCCCAUCAGACUCAGCCUCAGAUGAGGGCCAGCAUGAGGCCAGAUGAAGGUCCAGAGGGACCAUGGUGUCCCCAGCACAUCGGGGUCAGACUACGGGUCCUCGACGGCUGUGUGCGGCAGAGCCCCAGAUGGCAGCCACACGGAGUCCAGAGGGACCCAGGCCCUGGAGAAAGCACUUCCUGAGGCCUGGUGUUGAGAAAAGUGUCUGCAUGUCUGUGUCUAUGUGUGUAUCAGUGUAUGUGGCUGUGUCUCUGUGUAUGUGUGUCUAUUUCUGCACGUGUGUGUGUGUCUGUGUGUGCAUGUGUAUGCAUGUGUGUCUUCUGUGUAGCUGUGUACCUCUUAGUGUGUGUGUGUAUCACUGUAUGCAUCUGUGUGUCUGAGUGUCUGUGUAUCUGUGUCUGUGUGUGUCUAUGUGUGUGUCUUGUGUGUGUGUCUAUGUGUAUGUCUGUCAGUGUAUCUGUGUCUGUGUCUGUCUGUGUAACUCUGUGUGUGUGCAUGUGUCUAUGUGUGUGUCUGUCAGUGUAUCUGUCUGUGUCUGUGUGUGUGUGUGUGCAUGUGUGUAUGUGUGUGUCUUCUGUGUGUCUGUGUCUGGAAGGGGGACCUGGAGACCCUGCAUUCUAGGCUGUGUGCCUGUGAACAGGUACUUAAUACCCACCUCACCCCCAGCAGGAGUGUCCCCACCUCUAAGGUCAUCCUAAAGUCCCAUGUCCUCUAAGGACUGUGAGGGUGAACAGGGGACCCUGGGCUCAGAGACAGCAAGGUAGUCUCUGGGCCUGGGCGCUGGGCAGGGUUGGCCACUCAGGGGACUGGGGCUCUUUCUCCCCAGGCCCGAUGGCGGGUGCUAGAAAAUGGACACGACCUUCACCAAGGGUGCUGUAGAGGGGCAGUUCAGCAACCCAGCCAUGGCCCUGACUGACAUCCCAGUGGCCUUCUCCGACUACCAGCACUUUGCCUUGCUGUACUCGGAGACGCGGAAAGGGGGCCUGCGGAACCAGUGGCUGCAGCUCUACGGUGGGCGGGCUGCGGGGCAGCGGCCCAGACACCCCCGCUUCGGGUCUAGAAUGUCGCCCCUGUGCCUGCACCAGCGCGUUCUGCACGCGGAAGGCGGAACCGCUGGCUCCUGGUGUCUGUGGCCGCCGGUCCCGGCCCCUCCCCGCCCCUCUCGCCCCUCCCUGCCUCUCUCUCUCUCUCUUUGCCCCUCCAGCCCCUUCCCUUUAGCUCACCCGCCCUCCCCACCUUCAGCUCGAGCCCCGGAGCCGUUUCCCGAAGGCGCCCAGAAGAUGCAGCUACUGGCGCCCCAAGUGGGCCUGAGCCCCAGCCAGGGCGUCCUGCUGCCGAAGUCGGGUGAGCGGUGCCCGCAGCCCUGCUGGGUGAGCCAGGCCCCGGGUCACACCCCUGCUGGGAGUGACAUCCCUGGUCACUCCACUGAUCUCAGAUUCGGGACAGAAGUGCCCGGGGCAGACCCAGCCUGUCUGGGUCGGGGGAGGGCGAGACGUUGCCCAGGCCAGUGUUCCCAGAAGGAGAUCGCCUUGGGGCAGGUCGGGGGCCUCCGUCCUAGGGAAGGGGGCGCGGGGUGGCGCCUCAGGCCCGAUCUCUCUGCAGACCAGUGUGCGGGCGCGCUCUCCCGGUGAGGGGUCCAGCCCCUGAGUGCCCGCAGGGGUCAGCUGCUCCGUGAGCCCAGCCCUCCCCAAAGAGCCCCGCCUCUCCACACCCUGGUCCCAAGCGCAAUAAACACCUUGAAUGCCUGUGGCGCUGUGCGUUUCUUGGGGGCAGGGAGGGGUGGCGGGGGGCGGCCAGGUACAUGGGCUCCCUGGGGGAGGGGCCGGGUCACCCCCUGUUGCCCCUCUGGGCAGGCCUUGGCCCCGGACGGACCGAGCCUCGGCUCCGCGGCAGGGAGGUUCCUCAGGACGGGCUCCAGCCCCAGCUCUGGGACUUUUCUACCUCCGCACGGACCCAGAACCCCAGACUGGGGGCGCCGGGAGGGCAGGACACGGACACCACGCGGCGCGCGCCCCAGGCUCCAGCGGACACUGCCGCGGGACGUGGCCUUCGGGGUCCUCCCAAGCGGCUGCCCCAGUCAGUGUCGGCGGCUUCCAUCCCCAGGCGCCCCUCCGGGUCCCCCAGUUCCCCGGCCCCUGACUCCUGGCUCCAGGCCCGGCCCCAGAGGCCUGGCUGUUUCGGAGACCAACGAAGCGCCCCCAACCCUGACCCAGGGCCUGCCCACAGAGAGUGGACGGCGAGGAGGACACCACGGGGAGUGGAGGGCGAGGAGGACACGAGGCGCCGCAUAAAACUCUGCCCUGCUUUGAGUCUAUGUAGGACAGUGUUGUCUUUUACAGACAAGUCUCGAAGAAUUUGAAGGAAAACAGCCUACUAGCUGUAAUGUACCUAGUUCAGCAAAAUCAUAAUAAAAAUAAUAAUAAUACUG